AUGGAAAUAAUAAAUAAAUACGGCUAUAAUGAUGAGACACAUAAAGUGACUACUAAUGACGGUUAUAUCUUGGAAUUGCAUCGGAUAACAGGACGAACUAAUUUCAACAAUUCGCAAGUGCAAAAAUCUGUAGCAUUUGUGAUGCACGGUCUUUUGUGCUCUUCAAUGUGUUGGCUCCUUUCUGGACCGGAGAAAAGUAUAGCGUUUCUUCUGGCAGAUGAGGGGUAUGAUGUAUGGCUCGGUAAUGCACGUGGCAAUUUAUACUCUAAUAAUCAUACAUCCGAUAAAAUCGAGCCGAAAACUUAUUGGAACUUCAGCUGGCACGAGAUUGGCGUAUAUGAUCUUCCAGCAAUGAUAAAUUAUAUUGUAAAGACCACUGGCCGCAAAAAAAUGUUCUAUAUAGGACACAGCCAAGGUACCACCUCCUUCUUUGUCAUGGCGACAGAACGACCUAAGUAUCAGAAAUAUAUCCAGGAGAUGUAUGCUCUGUCCCCGAUCGCUUAUUGCGGCAGGAUGAAGAGUCCCUUGCAAGUGCUGUCACAGUUUUCCUUCGAAAUUGAUUAUUUCUGGAAUUUAAUCGGCUUGCACAAAUUCAAUCCUAAUGACGAUUUCAUAAAAGCAAUUCAACAAUUAGUGUGCGCGGAAAAAGCAUUUACCCAACCAAUAUGUUCUAAUUUUAUGUUUUUGGUGUGUGGAUUCAACGUUGAACAAUUUGAUACGGCUCUUCUACCAAUUAUCUUAGCACAGUUUCCUGAUAGUGUAUCCACGAAGCAAAUUAUCCACUACGGGCAACUCAUCAAUUCCGGAUCGCUGUUACCUAAUAAAUUCAAAAAAUUUGACUACGGAAUAUUAGGCAACAUAAAUGUAUACGGUUUACCCAAUCCACCGAAUUAUGAUUUAAGCAAGAUCAAAGUCCCGGUCUAUUUAUAUUAUAGUAAAAAUGAUUGGUUAGCCAAUGUCAAGGAUGUGAAAAAAUUAUAUAAGGAGUUGGGUAAUCCGUCCGGUAAAACUUUAAUUGCGGAUAAGAAAUUUAAUCAUUUGGACUACAUGUGGGCUAAAGAUGUGAAGAAGCUUGUAUAUGAUCACGUAAUCGAUAGAAUGAAGAAGAAGUCUUCGCAAUGAAGUGCCGGCAUUCUUUCAAAUUCCUGCGAUCUUAAAUAUAAAAUCCAUGAAUCCGAUCUAUGAAUAUCUGUCAACGAUUAAAUUAAAAUAAAUAAAAUUAUACAC